ACGCAGUGGUCUAGGCAGCAGCGAUUAAGGCGGCUAGUGUACUCGAUGAAGAAUGAACCAAGGAAAUAUCAGGUCUUGGUUAAGGUCUGACCUGAAGGGAACAGCCUACACCCUGCUGCCCCAUCAUAUUUGCUGUGUUUUGGAAACCUCCUGGUGUGUCAUUCCACCUAGCGCUGUUGCCACCUGAUUUGAGCUUGUGUGCUUUUGCUGCUCCCUCAGUCACCAUGUACUGCCUUCAGUGGUUGCUCCCAGUCCUGCUCAUCCCAAAACCCCUGAACCCAGCCCUGUGGUUCAACCACUCCAUGUUCAUGGGCUUUUACCUGCUUAGCUUUCUGCUGGAGAGGAAGCCAUGUACCAUUUGUGCCUUGGUGUUCCUUGCGGCCCUGUUCCUCAUCUGCUACAGCUGCUGGGGCAACUGUUUUCUGUACCACUGCCAUGAGUCCACACUCCCAGACUCUGCACAUGACCCCAGCAUUGUGGGUACCUAAGUGGAUCCCACUGGCAAGGAGCACGUGGCCCCAGGACAAUCUGUAUCCAGGCUGUGGAUAAAAUCAACUACCUGAGACUGUUGAGAUGCAAAGAAACAACCCAUCUGCCCUAAGUGUGCUCUGGUCCAUUUUCACCUCAUGGAUUUCAAUGGAAAUGACUGGUGUACGAAAUAAUGGCAGAAAUGCCUUCUCCAAUGCUUUUACUGAUCCUGUGCUGUUGUGCAUCGGGAGGACUGCAUACACCUGUCAGAAGAUGGCUGACCCUUGUCUACUUCCUCACUACUGCCCCCCAACACUUCACCUGGUUCUGAGGGACAUUCAUCUGCUGUGGACGGAACAUCUCGAAAAAUGUGCAUGGACUGCCUUUCAACUUUUUCUUUCUUUUCAUAUGUUAAGUUUUAGUUACAGAAUGAUGAAAGUUUCCAAAGGGUAGAAAGUGAGUGUGUGUGCGUGGUGUUGAUAGUAUGGCUUGAUGUUGUGAAAAUGUGAUCAGUGUUUUUUUAAUGGUAGCGAAAAGGUGAAGAUCGAUGUCCUGACUCCUAGUUGAGCUCUAUGGGUGCCAAGUGCCCGAAUAAGGGUGUCAACCGGUUAUCUUUCACUUCCCCUGUAGAUCUCAAUUGCUUUCACUGUUUUUAAUUUAAUAAAGUUCACACUAUAGCUGUUAAAGGUGAUAAAUCACUAAGGUUGAUGCAGUGACCUCCUGUUUUCUCUGACCUAUUAGGCUGUGUCAUUGAUUUUCUUCAAUAAAAUCUCACCAUCUCUAAGAAUAACAGGAAAUAAAUAUUUUCUGAAAAUGAAAACAUUGGAGGAUUCUAAAUAUAGCAAUAUUUGAAUAGACUGAUUUUAUCAAGUGUUACAAAUAAAGUAAUCAAAAUGUGAAAUUGUAUAGAUACUAGGUCUACAUGCUGUCUGAUGCUGUAGGGAUAACAUGGGUUUUUAUUUUGAGCUGGGCUAUGAAAAAACUGCUGUAAAUCCUAAUGAGCUUUUGAUCAAGUUUUUUUUUGUUUGAACUACAGGUCAGGGCCCAGUCAGAAGCUUUUGUAGGUGCUUUGUGGAAUCUGUGUUUCCAAAAGCCAUCAGUACUAAGAUUGCCCUUAAACAAUUAAUGACUGCCUUGGAUUUUUUUCUCGAGCCGAGCAUUUCUUUCAAUCAACGGAGUAUUGUGCCUGGAUUCAGUCUGAAAGUGGGUUAUUGCUUUUAAUGAUAAUUUGUGGUUGGACAUAUUGUCAUAAUUGGUAAUCUCAUCAAAUCAUUAGUUUAAAAUACAACACUUUUUCAGAUUCUAGGCAACGGUCUCACAAUAUGCAUUAGUGAACGUUCUCUGCGUGGUAUUUUGGGAAAAGCAUACUACAUCUUUAGCCUUAGUAUGAACAAUGCAUAGUUAAACCUACUGUAAGUGUAAGUAACAUUGUUAUUAGGAAACCAGACCCCAGUAUGAUACCCUACAGGGAAAGGCCACCAUUUUGCGGGCCACCAUGUUCAGCAAACCACAUGCCCUACAUUACAUUCAUAUUAUUUUCCUGUGUUUUGAGAACUUUUGACAAUGAAACUUAAGUUGAUUGUAUUUUGUUCUGUUAGGUUGGUGUAGCUAAUGUCACAUUUACCAUUAAAGGGAAAUUUCACUGCUGAUUUAUUGCUUAUAUUUGUUCGUUAAAAGUGUUUCUGUUGUUUCACUGGUAGAAACUGGCCAUCAAAUUUUCCUGGUUGUAAACAAUAUCCAGAACUCAUAACACUAUCCAGCUCUUUUUGUAAUGAGUAAUCAUCAGCAGCAGUCAUUGUUUCGCAGUCCUGAAAAGACUUGCAAGCUAGCAAGUACCACCCCCCUUUUGAAAAGACUACCUUCAAAGUUGGGAACAGGGCUUCUUCAGGAUAUAAUCUUCAAAAAGACAAUUUGUCUACUUGGUUAUUCUGAAACGCAUUGGCUGAUGGGAACAUUGUUCAGACAAGUCCAAUGGUUUUAUUGAACAAGGACAACCUUAUCCAUUCACCAACAGUGUGAUCGAGCAAUCGGCAAAACACAGUGGCCACAGUAACAGCUACAAAACAAUUACAUUUAUAGAUAACACAGCAGGUUGAACUUUCCUGGUGUGAAAUGUUGUGAAUAAUGCUGUGGUGCAUAAUUAUGUCUGAAAGACACCAAAUAUUGUCCAACAGUGAAUUUUCCCUUGAAGUUGUUUAUCAGUCUUGAUUAUUUUGCUGUCAAGUCUAUUCUUAGGCUACACCCAAUAUGUGGGAUAUUGGAUAUGCAAAUUAUUUUUUGUGUUGGAGUUUAGGCAAGAGCCAGGAUUUCCUAGCCUUUGCAAUAUGAUUUUCCAUUGUGAUAUAUGUAGAAAUUACUGUACUACAUCCCAGUGUAAUUUCUACAUACUGUAAAUGAAUAAAGAUACAGCUUUCGCAA